CCCGCCCCGCCCCGCCCCCGCCCCGCCUUAUCUGGCCCCUCGGCCGCGGCCGCGGGAGGCGGCCGGCGGGCAGGGGCCGCGCGAUGUCGCAUGGAUCCGGGCUCGUCCGCACCACGUGCAGCAGCGGCAGCGCGUUCGGACCCGGGGCCGGCGCGGGGCAGCGGGGCGCGAGCCCCUCCGAGGGGCUGCUGGACCCCGUCUACCCCCGCACCCACGGGGCCCUGCUGAAAGUGGCGCAGAUGGUCACUCUGCUGAUUGCCUUCAUCUGUGUGAGGAGCUCUCCGUGGACCGGCUACAGCGCCUACAGAUACUUCGAAGUGGUCACCAUUUGCAACUUCAUCAUGAUCCUCGCCUUUUACCUGGUCCACCUGUUCCGCCUCUACCGCACGCUCACCUGCAUCAGCUGGCCCUUGUCGGAACUCCUGCACUAUUUAAUCGGUACCCUCCUUCUCCUCAUCGCUUCCAUCGUGGCAGCCUCCAAGAGUUACAGCCAGAGCGGACUGGUAGCUGGAGCGAUCUUUGGUUUCAUGGCCACCUUCCUCUGCCUGGCGAGCGUGUGGCUGUCCUACAAGAUCUCGUGUGUGACCCAGUCAACAGAUGCAGCCAUCUGAGGACAUCACAGCCUCCGGGCCUGCCGGCGGCCUGCAGGAUGCGUGGCCUACCAGACAGGAGGAUCAGUGAUCCAGUGACCUUAG